GGCCGGCUCCUCGUGAGCGCCGCAGCCGCGAGCCGGCCGUUGCUGGGCAUGCUCCUUGCGUGCCCCGCACCAGCAUGGCGGUCGUCUUCACGGGGGUGACUUUAAUUCUCGGUUUUCGGUUAUAGCCGGCUGGUGCUCCUUUCUUUUCAGAAAGCUCUGAGCGCCUGGUGAAGCCGGGGAAAGGGAAGGGGUGCGGGGGUGAAAGGUGAGAGGGGACUGCAGGCAUCCGGGCCGGCUCCUGGCGGGAGGAAGAUGGCUGAGGGCGAGCGGCAGUCGCCGUCAGAUUCUUCGGAGGAUAUCCCUCCGGCCACUCAGAGCUUCAUCAUUCCGAAAAAGGAGAUCCACACAGUUCCAGACAUGGGCAAAUGGAAGCGCUCUCAGGCGUACGCUGACUACAUUGGAUUCAUCCUCACGCUCAAUGAAGGUGUGAAGGGGAAGAAGCUGACCUUCGAGUACAAAGUCUCUGAGGCCAUUGAGAAACUGGUCGCCCUUCUCAACACUCUGGACAGGUGGAUUGAUGAGACCCCUCCGGUGGACCAGCCCUCUCGAUUUGGGAACAAGGCCUACAGGACCUGGUAUGCCAAACUCGACGAGGAAGCAGAAAACUUGGUGGCCACAGUGGUCCCCACCCAUCUGGCGGCUGCCGUGCCUGAGGUGGCUGUUUACCUAAAGGAGUCCGUGGGGAACUCCACCCGCAUCGACUAUGGCACAGGACAUGAAGCAGCCUUCGCUGCUUUCCUCUGCUGCCUCUGCAAGAUUGGGGUGCUCCGGGUAGAUGACCAAAUAGCUAUUGUCUUCAAGGUGUUCAAUCGGUACCUGGAGGUUAUGCGGAAACUCCAGAAGACAUACAGGAUGGAGCCAGCGGGCAGCCAGGGAGUGUGGGGCCUGGACGACUUUCAGUUUCUGCCCUUCAUCUGGGGCAGCUCGCAGCUGAUAGACCACCCGUAUUUGGAGCCCAGGCACUUUGUCGAUGAGAAGGCCGUGAAUGAGAACCACAAGGACUACAUGUUCCUGGAAUGUAUCCUGUUUAUCACUGAGAUGAAGACAGGCCCCUUUGCAGAGCACUCCAACCAGCUGUGGAACAUCAGCGCCGUGCCCUCCUGGUCCAAGGUGAACCAGGGUCUGAUCCGCAUGUACAAGGCCGAGUGCCUGGAGAAGUUUCCUGUGAUCCAACACUUCAAGUUCGGGAGCCUGCUGCCCAUCCAUCCAGUCACCUCAUGCUAGGGGUGGAGCAGCCAGAGCCACCCGGGCCACCGUUCCUGUGCCUGCCCUUCCCUGCCCCAGCUCCAGUCAUUCCCUGACCCCUCCCCCUGUUUCUGUUUGCUGAGAGGCUGUUUGCUGGGGUGGGCGGUGAGCGCGGGGUUGAGGGAGGCUCAAGGCAUAAGGGUGUAGGACCCAAAGUGAAGGGAGAAGUGACCAAAGUGGGGCCCGUUUUCCCAUGGCGGGGGGCGGGGUGUGCUCGGGCCCCAGUCCUGCGCUUGGCCUUCCUCUCCUCCUUUCCCGUCCGGUCCGGCUCAAGACCCGGGCUGGUCUGCACCACUGGGAGGGGAAAGGGGUUGCGGUUUGCUUUCCUUUCCCAGGUCCUGUUGCCUUCUUAGGGGUUGGAGGGGUUGCUUCCCGGGGGGUGGGUCUGUUUCUGAAGCCAUGUUUGGGUGGGCGUCUGGGGGUUCUGAAGGCUGCAGGCUGAGGCUGGUGGCCAGCCUGGGGUGGGCUCAGGGACCGAAGAGCAUCGGCCCCUGGGCCUGCUGGUGCCUGUGUCCAGCGCCUCAUCCUGGCUUCUCUCUUCUUUGCCCUUUGGCUCUGCUGGGUUUUUUGGCCAUAACCACUCCUGCCGCCCUCUACCGGGGUGGCCUCUGGAAGCUGCCCUUCGGGUAGGCACUGGGUACAGGGCCUGCUCACUGGCUGACCCGGUGAGGCCUGCCUUUCCAAAGUUUCUCAGGCUGGGAGGGGGUGGCCGAGACAGGGAGGGGCUGGGGCCCACUGGGCCUGUGGGGAACCUGGAUUCCUCAUGACUCUUAGCUUCUGCUUUCUCCUCCCUGCUGCUUCUCCAGGGCCCUUUGGCCCUGUUUCCCUGCCCUUCAGGGCAGUGGGUCAGGGGCUCCUGGAGCACUCAGCAGCAACCCCCCACCCUCCCCUCUCCCUGCACUUCACCGACUGGCUCUCCAGGACAAGGCAGCCAUGCCCCCCUUCCCCAAGCCCAGGUUUGGCUCUGGGUUGGCAGGGCCUGGGCUGGGUGAGGGGUUGCUGGCAUGCCAGGUCCUGAGUUUUUUCUAGGCUCUUGGGCGAGCCUCUUGCAGGCCCUCUCCGUCUCAAGCCCAGGCCUGCCUUUCUCCACUACCCCCACCCUCUCUCCGGGUCCACAUCCCUUUGGGAAGGAGGAGCUCCCAAGAAGCACAAUUCAGGGGCUUGACCCUCACAUCUGGGCCGAUGGCCUGGGCAGAGGCCAGGACGGGAACCACUAGAGUCACGGAAAUCGUUUUCCUAGGAGAGGCCCAGUGCUGGCCUCCCUCCCAGGGUCCAGACCACCGCCUUCCUGGCUCCUCUUGCCCUGUCCUCCUUGUGCCCCUCCAGUCCCAUGCGCCUUCAUUGCUGUUUGGAUUAAAGCCUCUGUUUUGCACCUGU